UUCUUUACUUUGAAAAAAAAAAAAAGAAAAGAAAAACGCCCUUCUUUUCUUGUCUCUAGACUCCGACUCUACCCUACAGGUCGAGGACUCGUUUGCAAGAAAUGCUUCACUCAUUUGCUGCUCUGAAGCCCUAAUUUCAUCAUAUUCAUCUUCGAUUUCAACUUUUCUCUUUCAGUCAAUUUCAUUCAUUAAUUGUUUAAAUCAAUUAAUUUUGUUCUAAAAAAUGAAUUCGGAUGAAGAAGACUACGUUUUCUUCGGAACCCCGAUUGAGCGUGAAGAAGAUAUCACCACUCGUAAGAAAAAAGCCGUAGCUGAGGCCUCUGGUCAGCUACGAACCCUCCCUUCAUGGAAGCAAGAGGUCAGAGAUGAAGAAGGAAGAAGAAGAUUUCAUGGAGCAUUUACAGGGGGGUAUUCUGCAGGUUAUUACAACACAGUGGGAUCAAAAGAGGGAUGGACACCCCAGACAUUUGUAUCUUCACGGAAGAGCAGGGCUGAAGUCAAACAACAGAGCAUUUUUAAUUUUUUAGAUGAAGACGAGAGAUCUGAAUUGGAAGGUCAAUCAUUGGGAACAUCCUCACAGUUCGAUACAUUUGGAUUUACAGCUGCAGAACUUGCUCGCCAACAAGCUGAGAAAGAGCAACAACAAAGGCCGUCAGCUAUUCCUGGACCUGUGCCAGAUGAACUUGUUCUUCCAGCCACAGAGUCCAUAGGUGUAAAGUUGCUGCUGAAGAUGGGGUGGAGGCGUGGACGUUCAAUCAAGGAUUCCCAUGCUAAUUCUGUUUACGAUGCCCGCAGGGAAGCAAGGAAAGCUUUUUUAGCAUUUUCUUCAGAUGAAGCAAAAGCACAGGUUGCUCACUCCGAAUCUAUUCAGGAUGACCUUGAAAAAUAUAUUGAGCAGCCUGCUGGUGAUAAUGUUCUCUCUUCUCAGGGCACUCUUGUCCAUGGACUGACCCCAAAGCAGGACUUGCAUGGCUUAGGUUUUGACCCUUAUAAGAAUGCUCCUGAAUUUAGAGAAAGGAAAAGAUUGCGCAUUUCUGGAAGCAGGGAUCCUGAGUACAGGAAAGCUCUUUCAGUUAAAAACAGUCUCUUUGGUCUCAAAUCAGGAAAGGUUGCCCCUGGUUUUGGUAUUGGAGCUCUUGAAGAACUUGAUGCUGAAGAUGAAGAUGUCUUUGCCUCUGAUUAUGACUUUGAAGAGACUUAUGUUCAAGAAAUAGAUGAACCAUCAACAAGAUUGAUGGUGGACACUAAACGAAAGUUGAUUACAAAUGAGAGAGGUGUUCUGCCUGGAUUUAGAAUUGCAUCAAAUGCUGACUACCUGCCAGAAAGAUUUGAUCCUCCUCUUGUUCCUAAGGAUUUUGUACCCCACCAUAAAUUUGCUGGGACUCUUGAGACUGAUAACAAGGUUCCUGAUACUGGUCCGCCUGAAGUUUCACCUCCCGAGGAUAGCAAUUUGAAACUCUUGAUUGAUGGAGUUGCAACUUUAGUUGCUAGGUGUGGUAAACUUUUUGAGGAUCUAUCCAGAGAGAAAAAUAAAUCAAAUCCAUUGUUCAGUUUUCUUCUUGGAGGAAAUGGCCAUGAUUAUUACAAAAGGAAGCUGUGGGAAGUAAGGCAGAAGCAAGGCGAUCAGAAAAAACAUCAAUUGGAUGGAAGAGUAUCUUCAAGCACACAGAAGCUGACAGCAGAGAGUCGUGGAAAAAUCUUAGGAGAGAGACCUUUGGAGCGAAGCUCCAAUGAUGCAGGUCCAUCUGUUGCUGUUACUUCGUCAAAUUCAGUUAAUCUGCAGUACAAUCUUUCUGAUACAUUUACCACUCCUGCAUCAUUUAGCAAACUUCCAGAAGCUGUGAAACCCUUCAAAGAUGAUCCAGCAAAGCAAGAAAGAUUUGAGCGAUUUCUCAAGGAAAAGUACCAAGGUGGGCUAAGAGCUACCCAGUUUGCUGGAGAUAUAAAUAUGUCUGAAGCAACACGAGCGCGUGAGAGGUUGGACUUUGAGGCUGCAGCUGACGCAAUAGAGAAAGGCACUUUGGGUAAAGAAACUAAUAUCUCUACACAACGUAUUACAGAUUAUUUGGCUACUGGAGGGAUGCGGUUUACUCCUGGUGGGUUGGAGAAAGCUGAAGACACUCAUGCUGAAAUAACAAAGGAAAUUUACCCCAAAAGGGUAGAAUAUCAAUGGCGUCCUUCACCUAUUUUAUGCAAGCGAUUUGAUCUUAUUGAUCCCCACAUUGGGAAGCCACCUCCAGCUCCACGUAUGCGUAGCAAGAUGGAUACUCUUAUAUUCACUGCUGAUUCUGUCAAAUCCAAAAACAUCGAAGAAACUACAGCAGAAAACAGACAUUCGAAUGGUGUACCCCAAUCUGAUGUUCAAGAAAUAAGCAAAGGCGUAGCUGACAAGGAAAUAGAAUAUGAGGUGGUGGUUGAAAAUGUUGAGAGGCCAGUUGACCUGUAUAAGGCUAUCUUCUCUGAUGAUUCAGAUGAGGAAGAGGACACUACCCCUAUUCUAAAUAAAGUAGAGCAUCCAGAAAAGAAGGUCGAAGCAGCCAAUACAGCAUUAAGCCGUUUGAUGGCAGGAGACUUUUUGGAAUCCUUGGGUAAAGAACUAGGUCUAGAGGUUCCGCCUGAUCCGCUCUACUCGACUGACAAAGCUGGGGCAUCUAUUUCCCAGAAAGUAGAUGAGAAUUCAGGGGAUGACAAGGUCCUGCACUUUCAAGCUAAUAAGCUUCUUAUGAACACUAACGCUACAGGUGAUCAUAUGGUUUCACAUGAUGACAAGAAAGUUGAAAUAUUUGACUCAACCAAGAGUAGUAGGCUGCUUGAGAUUGGCUCUUCUAAGAGUAAAAAUGAUAAAGUGAAUCCAAAAAAGACUUCAUCUUCAGAAGGUGAAAAGAGUAGAAGACACUCUAGGCGACACCGGAACAUCAGUGAUUCAGAUAGUGAUUCAGCAAGUGAUCAUCGAAGCCGUCACCAUUCUAGAUCAAAAAGAAGGAAAGAAUCUUCUCGAGAAAAGAGCCGCAGCAGCAAAAAGCAUUCUAAACACCAUGGUCACAGAAGCAAGGCCUCUCCAAGUAGAUCUCAUUAUGGCAGUGAGAAGGAACGCUCAGAAUCCAAGAAGGAGAAACAUAAAAGGAAGAGUUGAACAUGAAGUUUGGUUUCAUUGAUGAAGAUCUGCCCCCACGAGUAAAAAAGAUGGAUUCAAGUAAUCGGGAAGAUUUUAUUGAAUCAAAUUUAGUUGGUUGGACCUUAAGGGAUGAUUCCCAAGCUUUAAAAUUAAACUCCUAAAAGAAUGGAGAUGCCACAUGUACGUGCCCUGAGGAAAUACCCCAUAAAAUCUAAUUCUGUACUUACAAAGAAAAGAAAAGAAACAAGUGUAGUUGCACUUUUGAUCUAAAUAUUGCAUGCAAUUAUGCUUCUAAUAAAGCAAUUAUUAUUAGGGAAGUUUACGAAUCUAUAUUUAUCUA